CAUCAUUUCAAUUGCUUCAAUAUAUUUAAUUGAUACUAGUACCAAUUGAAGUAGGUUGAUACCGACAUAACCUAUAUACUCAAGGUACCUUUUCUUUAACUAUUGCCAAUGCGAAUUAUAUCCCUCUAGUACCGACGCAAUUGGCGAUACGAGCUGCAGUCAGUAUGCGCCUAAGGCCUACCGGAAAUCUGCUUCGUCCAUACAAUCUCGAUAAUGUCUGCUGGCGAUGCAGUCAACAGUUGAGCUAUGGAAAACCAAUGGUUAGAAGGGCAUUUGCCCAUACCGUUUCUCCAGUAGCAGCCAAGCAACAACCACAAUCAUCUCGGUUAAAAACGAGUUAUUUCUUAUCCAACAAAAUUCUACGCCGACCCCAAGAUGAUCAAGUUCCAAACCAACUCGCUGCUGCGACUGCGACAGAUGGAAGUGGUGCGACGAAUAUAAUGGGCGUAGAUAAUACUAAUAAAGACCUUCCUCAUCGAAGGCGGCAAGCAGCAAAACGCAAUGGUACUGCAGCUACAAUGGCAGCUUCGGCGACAGCGACGGAAGCGCCCCUCCCGCCGGAUGCAUCAUCUGCUCUAACCACGGAAUCUACGAAACACCCGACCGACUCUCUCCGUCGACAAAUUUCUCUCCUCCUUUCUCUAUCGAAACCUCGUCUUACCGUCCUCGUUGUUCUUACCGCGAUGGUACCUUACGCCUUAUAUCCAGUUCCAGCCUUUCUUUCUCCCUCGAUCGGUUUAGAUACGCCUUCUCUCUCGCCUCUGACCCUUACCUUUCUCACGACAGGCACUGCGCUUUGCUCUGCUAGUGCCACUGCCUUAAAUAUGCUCUACGAGCCAGCCUGGGACGCGAAAAUGACACGUACACGGAAUCGGCCACUAGUUCGGGGACUAUUGUCUGAACGGCGAGCUCUUGUAUUCGCUAUACUUGCGGCUUUAACUGGGGUGGGUGGCCUUUAUUUCGGAGUAAACCCCACGGUUGCGUUUUUAGGUGCUACAAAUAUUGCGCUCUACGCCGGAGUCUAUACGCCAAUGAAGCGAAUUUCGUGGCUUAAUACGUGGGUUGGUGCUAUAGUGGGGGGUAUUCCACCACUAAUGGGUUGGGCUGCGGCGGCCGGCGAGUCUGCGACAGGCGACGGAUCUUUCCGCGAGUUACUCCUUACUUCCGAUGCUAUUGGUGGCUGGUUAUUUGCCGCCCUCUUAUUUGCUUGGCAGUUCCCUCACUUCAUGGCACUAUCAUGGCCUAUUAGAGAAGAAUACAAGGCUGUGGGCCACAAGAUGUUAUGUUGGAUUAACCCUGCUCGUAACACUCGCGUGGCUUUGAGGUAUAGCCUGCUAUUCUUCCCCUUGUCUAUCGCGCUUUGCGCCGUAGGAGUAACGGAAUGGAGUUUCGCAGUGACGAGCCUUCCCGUCAAUUUCUGGCUGGCGCGUGAAGCGGUGCGAUUCUGGCGUGACGAAGGCUUCAAAGGGAGCGCGCGGGGGUUAUUCUGGGCUAGCGUUUGGCAUUUGCCAGUCAUCAUGGUGUUAGCUCUAGCACAGAAGAAAGGUAUGUGGGGGCGAGUUUGGAGAAGUAUUGUUGGGGAGCCAGAUCUCGAAGACGAGGAUGACGAUUGGAUCGUCGAAGAUGUUGGAGAAGAAGCUGAGGUCGCUGAUGGCAAGACCCGGACAUCUAUUGUCCCUAUUGGGUCGAAGUAAGCUCAUGAGGGUCGGGCCUCUACAGACCUGCAUAGACAUGGCGCCUUAAGAAGGAAAAGCAAAAAAACUACUCAUCCAUCUGUAACAUGUCUAAUGAAAUGUAAAAAAGGGGUAUGUCUGUAUGAAUUACAUCAUGAUAGCAGACCAAAUCUGAAUACUUGGGAGGUAGUAUUAUUUGGGUACGUGAAAACGAUAGGAACUUGAGUAUAGUUGAAGCCAGGAAAUGAA